UCACUCCCACCACACCGACGGUGGGUCUCUAAACGUUGCGUCAAGUAGCAGCGCACGCCUCCGCCUCCGCCUCCGCCUCAACCUCCGCCCAUCCACUUCACUCCUCGUCGCCUAGGGUUUCCUUUCGACUUCUCUCGAGCUGGCUUAGAUCUCCAGGCUCUUCCUCCAGCGCCCGGUGUUGCCGAAGCGGCACGAGGGAGAUGUCUUCUUCGAGAAGGGCGCCGGAUCAGCCGGCUCGCGGGCGGCUACUGCGGACGCAGACGGCGGGGAACCUUGGGGAGUCGAUCUUUGACAGUGAGGUUGUGCCGUCAUCACUCGUCGAGAUCGCGCCCAUCCUUCGAGUCGCCAACGAAGUCGAGUCCCAGAACCCCCGUGUUGCUUAUCUUUGCCGGUUCUAUGCUUUUGAGAAAGCUCACCGUUUGGAUCCUACUUCGAGUGGGCGUGGCGUUCGUCAAUUUAAGACUGCACUUCUGCAGAGGUUAGAAAGGGAAAAUGAUCCUACUUUGAAGGGAAGAGUCCAAAGAAGUGAUACACGGGAGAUGCAGAGCUUCUACAGAGAUUAUUAUAAGAAGUAUAUCCAAGCACUCCAAAGUGCUGCUGAUAAAGCUGACCGUGCUCAACUUACCAAAGCAUAUCAAACUGCUGCUGUCUUGUUUGAGGUCUUAAAAGCUGUUAACCAGACACAAGCUCUUGAAGUUGAACCUGAGAUAUUAGAAACUCAUAAUGAGAUUGAGGAGAAUAUCAAGACUCUUGGUCCAUACAAUAUCCUUCCUCUCGAUCCAGAUAGUGCAAAUCAAGCUAUCAUGCGUUAUCCUGAGAUUCAAGCAGCUGUAAAUGCCCUUAGAAACAUAAGGGGACUUCCAUGGCCUAAGGGCCACAAUAAGAAACCUAAUGAAGAUCUUUUAGAUUGGCUUCAGAUUAUGUUUGGAUUUCAGGAGGAUAAUGUCUCUAAUCAAAGGGAACACCUAAUUUUGUUACUUGCAAAUGUCCACAUACGUCAAAUUCCAAAGCCUGACCAACAACCCAAGUUGGAUGAACGUGCAUUGACGGAAGUAAUGAAGAAACUGUUUAAGAACUAUAAGAAGUGGUGCAAGUACUUAAAUCGGAAGAGUAGUCUAUGGUUGCCAACCAUCCAACAGGAAGUGCAACAGCGAAAGCUUCUAUAUAUGGGUCUCUAUCUUCUUAUUUGGGGGGAAGCUGCAAACUUGAGAUUUAUGCCAGAAUGCCUUUGCUACAUCUAUCAUCAUAUGGCUUUUGAGCUAUAUGGAAUGUUAGCUGGCAAUGUCAGCCCAAUGACAGGUGAAAAUAUAAAGCCAGCAUAUGGCGGUGACAAUGAAGCCUUCCUGAAAAAAGUUGUAACUCCAAUUUAUCAUACUAUAGCAAAGGAAGCUGAGCGGAGCAAGAGAGAAAAAUCAAAACAUUCACAAUGGAGGAAUUAUGAUGAUUUAAAUGAAUAUUUUUGGUCUGUCGAUUGCUUCCGGUUAGGCUGGCCUAUGAGAGCUGAUGCUGAUUUCUUUUGCCAGUCUCCAGAAUCAAUGCAUCAUAAGAAAAAUGAAGACAACAAUCAGUCAAGUUCAGAUCGUUGGAUUGGAAAGAUUAAUUUUGUUGAAAUACGGUCAUUUUGGCAUAUUUUCCGAAGUUUUGAUAGAAUGUGGAUCUUCUUUAUUUUAUGCCUACAGGCCAUGACUGUAAUUGCUUGGAAUGAUGGUUCACCAAGUGCUAUUUUUGAUGCUGAAGUAUUUAAGAAGGUCUUGAGCAUAUUCAUAACGGCUGCAAUAAUGAAGCUGGGUCAAGCUGUCCUUGAUGUAAUCUUUAGCUGGAAAGCAAGGAGGAGGAUGUCUUUUCCUGUUAAGCUGAGAUAUAUUUUAAAGGUCAUUUCGGCAGCUGCUUGGGUGAUAAUAUUAUCUGUAACUUAUGCAUAUUCUUGGAAAAAUCCCACCGGCUUAGCCAGAACUAUCAAAAGUUGGCUUGGAGAUGGGCAGAAUCAGCCUUCACUCUACAUUUUGGCUGUUGUCAUUUAUCUAUCACCAAAUAUUCUUGCUGCGUUGUUAUUUUUAUUUCCAUUCCUCAGACGAUUUCUUGAGAGGUCGAACUAUAAGAUAAUUACACUCAUGAUGUGGUGGUCUCAGCCUCGUCUUUAUGUUGGAAGGGGGAUGCAUGAGAGCUCAUGGUCACUUUUCAAGUAUACCAUGUUCUGGGUGCUUCUUAUAGUUACAAAGUUGGCCUUUAGUUACUAUAUUGAGAUCAAGCCUCUUGUAAAUCCAACAAAAGAUAUCAUGCGUGAACGGAUAACAACAUUUAAAUGGCAUGAAUUUUUCCCUAAAGCCAAUAACAACAUCGGUGUAGUGAUUGCGCUGUGGGCUCCAAUUAUUCUUGUUUACUUCAUGGAUACUCAGAUUUGGUAUGCAAUUUUUUCAACAUUGAUUGGUGGUAUAUAUGGAGCUUGCCGACGUCUUGGAGAGAUUCGCACAUUAGGAAUGUUAAGAUCAAGGUUUCGAUCCCUUCCUGGUGCCUUUAAUUCCCGCUUGAUUCCACCUGAAAAAUCUGAGGCAAGCAAAAGGAAGGGUUUUCGGGCUUCUUUAUCUAGCAAGAUUGAGGAGUCACCGGCUAGUGGUAGCAAGGACUCAGCAAGAUUUGCUCAAAUGUGGAAUAAAAUAAUCACCAGUUUUCGAGAUGAAGAUCUAAUAAGCAAUAAGGAAAUGGAUUUGUUGCUUGUUCCAUAUACAGCUGACCGGGAUCUGAAUGAUCUGAAUAUUGUCCAGUGGCCUCCUUUCUUACUCGCUAGCAAGAUCCCAAUAGCACUUGACAUGGCAAAAGAUAGCUAUGGAAAAGAUAGUGAACUGAAGAAGAGAAUUACUGGAGAUACUUAUAUGAAUUGUGCUGUUAAAGAGUGCUAUGCAUCAUUUAAGAGCAUCAUUAACGGUUUAGUUGAUGAUGAUUCUCGUGAAAAAGAGGUUGUAAACAAUAUUUUCUCCAAGGUUGAUGAACUUGUACAUGAGGGAAGACUGCAAGAGCUGAACAUGAGUCAUCUUCCCAGUCUGUGCAACAAAUUUAUUGAGUUGAUUAAGUUUCUGAUGACUAAUAAUGAGGCCGACAGAGACCAGGUUAUUAUUCUUUUUCAAGACAUGCUUGAGGUGGUGACAAGGGAUAUUAUGGAAGAUGACCUUCCCGGCUAUCUGGACUCCAACCAUGGUGGGCCAUAUAGGAGGCAUGAGGGAAUUACACCCUUGGACCAACAAGUUCAGUUAUUUGCAAAAGCUGGAACUAUCAAAUUUCCUUUACCAAAAUCAGAUGCUUGGACAGAAAAGAUCAAGCGGCUGCAUCUAUUGCUUACUGUGAAGGAAUCUGGAUCGGAUGUGCCGGCUAACAUAGAUGCAAAAAGGCGAAUCUCCUUCUUCUGCAACUCUUUGUUUAUGAAUAUGCCCAAUGCACCCAAAGUCCGUAACAUGUUGGCAUUUUCCGUCUUGACCCCCUAUUAUAAGGAGGAUGUUCUUUUCUCCCUAAAGGGGAUUGAGGAGCCGAAUGAGGAUGGUGUUUCCAUUCUUUUUUACCUGCAGAAAAUUUAUCCAGAUGAAUGGACUAAUUUUCUGGAGCGAGUUGGGUGCAAGACAGAAGAAGAACUUCGUGAGAGGUAUGAUGAAUUUGAAGAGGAACUACGACUUUGGGCAUCAUAUCGGGGCCAGACUUUGACGAGGACUGUUAGAGGUAUGAUGUAUUACCGGAAAGCUUUGGAACUUCAAGCUUUUCUGGACAUGGCCAAAGAUGAAGAUCUUAUGGAUGGUUAUAAAGCCAUCGAAUUAACAUCUGAGGAGAACUCAAAAGUUGGAAGGUCUCUAUGGGCACAAUGCCAAGCUGUGGCUGAUAUGAAGUUUACUUAUGUGGUCUCCUGCCAGCAAUAUGGAAUUCAGAAGCGUUCAGGCGACUCUCGUGCUCAGGAUAUUCUAAGACUCAUGACCACGUAUCCAUCUCUUCGUGUUGCUUAUAUUGAUGAGGUUGAAGAACCUAGCACUGAUAGAAAUAAAAAAAAUGAGAAGGUUUAUUAUUCUGCAUUGGUUAAGGCUUCUUUAGCCAAGGCUGGUGAUUCUACAGAGCCAGUGCAGAAUCUUGACCAGGUAAUUUAUCGCAUAAAACUUCCUGGUCCUGCCAUCUUAGGUGAAGGGAAGCCAGAAAAUCAAAAUCAUGCCAUUAUUUUUACACGUGGUGAAGGUUUACAAACUAUAGAUAUGAACCAGGAACACUAUCUGGAGGAGGCACUGAAAAUGAGAAAUUUAAUGCAAGAAUUUCUAAAGAAACAUGAUGGUGUAAGGUAUCCAUCAAUACUUGGAGUCAGGGAGCAUAUAUUUACUGGGAGUGUUUCUUCUCUCGCUUGGUUUAUGUCAAAUCAGGAGACUAGCUUCGUGACUAUUGGACAGCGUGUACUUGCCAAUCCUUUGAGGGUUCGAUUUCAUUAUGGCCAUCCGGAUGUCUUCGAUAGACUUUUCCAUCUAACCCGGGGUGGUGUAAGCAAGGCUUCCAAGAUUAUCAAUUUGAGUGAAGAUAUAUUUGCAGGUUUCAACUCCACACUUCGUGAAGGCAAUGUUACACAUCAUGAAUACAUGCAAGUUGGUAAGGGGAGAGACGUGGGUCUUAACCAGAUCUCACUAUUCGAGGCAAAGAUUGCAAAUGGAAAUGGAGAACAGACAUUGAGUCGUGACAUAUACAGGCUUGGUCACCGUUUUGAUUUCUUUAGAAUGUUGUCAUGUUACUUCACCACUGUUGGUUUCUACUUCAGUACACUGGUAACUGUGUUAACCGUGUAUGUAUUUCUUUAUGGCCGGUUAUAUCUUGUUCUCAGUGGGCUUGAUGAAGCACUAGCCACUGGAAGAAAAUUCAUGCACAACCAGCCUCUUCAAGUUGCUCUUGCUUCCCAGUCCUUUGUGCAACUUGGAUUUCUAAUGGCUCUGCCUAUGGUGAUGGAAAGUGGUCUGGAAAGAGGAUUCCGCAAUGCACUUAGUGAAUUCAUACUUAUGCAGUUACAGUUGGCUUCCGUGUUCUUUACUUUUUUGCUGGGGACCAAGACACACUAUUAUGGGAGGACAUUGCUCCAUGGUGGUGCAGAAUACAGAGCUACAGGGCGUGGCUUUGUUGUCUUCCAUGCAAAGUUUGCUGAUAAUUAUAGGUUAUAUUCACGUAGCCAUUUUGUUAAGGGUCUAGAAUUGCUGAUUUUGCUUGUUGUAUACGAGAUCUUUGGGCAAUCUUACAGAGGUCCAGUGGCAUACAUUUUUAUCACUGCUUCUAUGUGGUUUAUGGUUGGCACCUGGCUAUUCUCCCCUUUCCUAUUUAAUCCUUCAGGAUUUGAGUGGCAAAAGAUUGUUGAUGAUUGGACAGAUUGGAAUAAAUGGAUUAGUAACCGUGGGGGAAUUGGUGUGCUACCAGAGAAGAGCUGGGAAUCAUGGUGGGAGAAGGAGCAAGAACAUCUUAGGUACACUGGGAAGCGUGGUAUCAUUGCCGAAAUAGUGCUCGCCUUACGCUUUCUAAUCUACCAAUAUGGUCUUGUCUAUCACUUGAAUAUAACAAAACAUACCAGAAGUGUGCUGGUUUAUGGUAUCUCAUGGCUUGUGAUCUUGGGGAUAUUGUUCAUCAUGAAGGCCGUGUCGGUAGGGAGGCGAAGAUUCAGUGCGGAGUUUCAGCUUGUGUUCCGGUUGAUAAAGGGGCUUAUCUUCAUAGCCUUUGUCUCCGUUCUGAUCAUAUUGAUAGCUAUCGCGCACAUGACGGUUCAAGAUAUACUUGUUUGCUUCCUUGCCUUCAUGCCUACUGGAUGGAGUUUGCUUCUGAUUGCACAAGCUUGUAAACCUCUUGUCCCUUCCAACUUCUGGGGAUCGAUUAAGGCACUUGCACGAGGCUACGAAAUCAUCAUGGGUCUGCUCCUGUUCACUCCGAUCGCGUUCUUAGCUUGGUUCCCAUUUGUCUCUGAGUUCCAGACAAGGAUGCUGUUCAACCAGGCGUUCAGUAGAGGUCUGCAGAUUUCCCGCAUUCUCGGAGGGCCCAAGAAGGAUCGGUCAUCGAAGAACAAGGAGUAGACCUUCGCUUGGAAGACCAUUCUCUUUUGUGAUCUUCAAAGCUUAUUCGACUUGAGCUGGUGUCUAACUCAUGACAUGUAUCUAUCAGUCGUUUGCAAUCGUGUUUUAGCGAUAGAUUAGGAUUAUGGUUUUGUUGUGACGAUGCCAGGAGUUACUGUGAUGUGCAUAGGGCUCAUUCUCAGAUACGUAAUAGUUCUGUUGAUAGAGGCCUCCAUACGGCCCAAUUUCUGCUGAA